UUUUAAAUGAAAAAUAAUAUCACUUUCGAUAAAAUUAACGAGGAAUAGCUCAUGAUUAUAAAUUAAAAUGCACAGUGAAACAAGUGGAUCAAGGCUAUUUUCUUCAAGUGUUAAAUACCACUAAAAUAUUCUUAAAUAUGUUUGGUAAAAUAUUUGAAUGACCCUCAUACGCAUUUGAGCACAGACAAGUGGAAGAAGAAGAAGAAGGAGCACUUCCGGGUCAGCCGUAAUUCCAGGAAGUAAAGGAAAACAAAAAUUGCAAGUUGACGUUGGUCUCGAAUCUGCUCACCUUGGAAACAUUAAUUAUAUUUUCAUAAACCGACGAGGAAUAACAUGGCGACCACCAUCAGCACACAGCGGGGAGAAGUGUACGUGGGCGAGCUCCCCCAGGACUUCCUGCGCAUCACGCCGACGCAUCAUGCUCAGCAGCAUCAUCAGGUCCAGUUAGACGCGCAGGCCGCCCGACAGCUGCAGUACGGCGGCGCCAUCGGAACGGUGGGCCGACUCAGCAUCACCGUGGUGCAGGCGAAGCUGGCCAAAAACUACGGCAUGACUCGCAUGGACCCGUAUUGCCGCGUGCGUCUGGGCUACGCCGUCUACGAGACGCCGACGGCGCACAACGGCGCCAAAAACCCCAGAUGGAAUAAAGUCAUCCAGUGCACGCUGCCGCCCGCCGUGGAUUCCUUUUACCUGGAGAUAUUCGACGAGCGGGCGUUCUCCAUGGACGACCGCAUCGCGUGGACCCACGUGAGCAUCCCCGAAGGCGUGCGGGAGGGCGGCGCGGCGGACGAGUGGUACACGCUGAGCGGCCGGCAGGGCGACGACAAGGAAGGCAUGAUCAACCUGGUCAUGUCUUUCGCCUCCUUCCCGGCGGGGGUGAUGAGCCAGCCCGUGGUCCUGAUGCCCUCCGUGUACCAGCAAGGCGUCGGCUACGUGCCCAUCGCAGGCGUGGCGCCCGUCUACAACCAGGCCGGCGUGACGGCGGCGCCGGGCGGGGGCGGCGCGGUCCCGAUUCCGGCGACUUGCACGGAGGAGGACCUGAAGGCGCUCCAGGACAUGUUCCCCAACCUGGACCCGGAAGUGGUGCGCACGGUUCUGGAGGCCCAGCAGGGCGACAAAGACGCCGCCAUCAACUCGCUGCUCCAGAUGGCCGAGGAGCUCUAACGCGGGCCGUUUCCACGACGACCCGCGUCACCGCAAAAGAAAAAGGCGAAACGCGGUCCUCGGGAAGUCACCUGACCCGCUGACGAGCCGAUCGCCGACCCGCAAACCCGACGUUUGUUCUUUCCUUCGUCUUCUGUCGGACCAAAUGUUUCUCGUUUAAUAUCGCGUAUAUCAAGUCAAGCCGCAAAAGAAAAGGUGGAUGCUUUAACCGUAACAUAGAUAUGUAUAUGUCUGGAAUAAAAUUGUGCAAUGUGCUGAAAUGAUGAAAUGCCACCUUUUUGUUUCGCUGCGACCGUUUGAGGGUGUCGCGGGCCUCUCGCCCCAAAUGAGCCGGGUCGGGCCCCGGCACGCCCGAACCGCAAACGGACCAGCUUUGCUUGGAGAUUCUGCAAUUUUAUUUUUGACAAAUCUGGCAUUUGCUUAUUCUUUGAAGUUUUGAUCACAAAAAAACAGAAAAUGUCAAAG